AUGAUUCACUUUAUCCUAUUCUUUUUAAUUUUAUUUGCAGGUGCCGACUCCUUUCCAGCACUUCAGGAUCGAGUGGUAACUUGUGGAUCUCCUGACAAGGAUAACUACACGACUAUUCAAAAUCCAUUCUUCGGAGACGUAGAUCACGGGCAGCCUGGAAUCACCUUUACAACCGAAUAUGGCGAAGAUAGUCUACGCUGGUUCAUGGUGUAUCAAAACGCGAUCGACUUUAAACCAUACCGGGCCAUGAAGAUCCCAUCCAAUACAACUGUCUUUAUCGACUUGACAAGCUCGUGCCAAACAUUCGCUGGAAGACUUGUCCGUGGCGCUGACAUCAAUUUCGAUGGAGGAGUUCACAAUCUUGGCACAUGGACAGAGUUGAAUUGGGGGAACUAUCCGCUGGCCUAUGGUGGAGUAUCUGUCAUUGAAGGAAACGACGGUCCAGUCAUGCUCAAUUCUGAAGACGUGAACGCACCUGUCAUAGGUUUCGUGCGUGAUAUCAUACCAGAAGCGCCCAAGAAAUGUCAAGAGACCAAGGACAGUGGAGGGAAGGCCCUGAAGCCAACUGACAAGAAUGGAUAUGAUGAGGCCACGCGCAAGUUCACAAAGCGAGCGCUGCGCAAUUCGCAGGUUUCCAUCGAUAAGAGUUACACUGCAACAAUCAUGUCCCACAACGGAAGGUUCAUGAUCAACUUCAUUCAUGGGAAUCAUUAA